CCAGAGAGGUGACAGUCACGCUCAGAGUAGGACCCCGGCUCGACGCCGCCAUGAGCGCUGCGCUCUUCAGCCUGGACGGCCCGGCACGCGGCGCGCCGUGGCCCGCGGAGCCCGCACCCUUUUACGAGCCGGGCCGGGCGGGCAAGCCGGGCCGCGGUAGCGAAUCGGGGACUCUGUCCGAGCCCGGCGCCGUUGCCCCUGCCAUGUACGACGACGAGAGUGCUAUCGACUUCAGUGCCUACAUUGACUCCAUGGCUGCCGUGCCCACUCUGGAGCUGUGCCACGACGAGCUCUUCGCCGACCUUUUCAACAGCAACCACAAGACGGGCGCGGCAGGCACCGCUGCGGGCUCCUUGGAGCUGCUGCCCGGCGGCCUCGCGCGUACCCACGGUCCGAGCACAGCCGCCCCGCGUCCGCUCAAGCGCGAGCCCGACUGGGGAGACGGCGACGCGCCCGGCUCGCUGCUGCCGGCGCAGGUGGCCGCUUGCGCGCAGACCGUUGUGAGCCUGGCGGCCGCCGCACAACCCACACCACCCACGUCGCCCGAGCCACCGCGCUGCAGCCCCGGGCCGAGCCCUGCUCCUGGCCCGGCCCGGGAAAAGAGUGCGGGGAAGAGGGGCCCAGACCGCGGUAGUCCGGAGUACCGGCAGCGGCGCGAGCGCAACAACAUCGCGGUGCGCAAGAGCCGCGACAAGGCCAAGCGGCGCAACCAGGAGAUGCAGCAGAAGCUGGUGGAGCUGUCGGCCGAAAACGAGAAGCUGCACCAGCGCGUGGAGCAGCUCACGCGGGACCUGGCUGGCCUUCGGCAGUUUUUCAAGCAGCUGCCCAGUUCCCCCUUCCUGCCGGCCGCCGGGGCCGCCGACUGCCGGUAACGCGCGCCCCGGGGGCGGGAGAGACUCACCAACGACCGAUACCUCAGACCCGACCAGCUAGGGAGCGGAGCGCGCCCCGCCGGGACGCAGCGAGAGCCGCUUGGCGCCGCCUGCAUUUCCUU